AUGCUGGACGCCUGGGUCUGGGGCACACUCACCUUGACCUUUGGCCUGCUUUCCAGUCUCCAAGGAGUAAGCACCAAUGAGACUGUAAACACAUGUGACAUCCUAAACUGUACCAAAGGAUUCACAUGCUGUGACAAUAGAUGCUGCCCUGAAAGAAAGUUCUGGAAGCUUGAAAAUAAUCGCUUUAGGCUUGUGAACAUCAUCCUGUGGGCCAUUAUACUCGUUUUGUUCAUCUGUGUCCUAGUGAGGCAUUACUAUUUGAGGUGCACAAAUCUACAGCAUGACAUCAGAACAUCUGAUCAUCAGACUCCUCCAGAACCGCCCUCCAUUGCUCCCCUGGAGAGCAUUAGGGUCACCUCCUUGGAUCCCCCACCACCCUACAGUCAGGUUGUUCUGCCGCCAACUCCCACAGAACCACCUCCUCCCUACAGCCUCAGGCCUGAGGGCCCUGCUGGCCAGAUGAGAGGGCAUGCCUACGCAACCCUUUGA